GUCACGGUGGCCACGGGGCGGGCGGGCACAGUGUAGGGUUACAGUCCAUUUAUGGGCGCAGCAAGGGCAGAUAUCUGCGUCCAUGGCAUUCACUCCUGCUAUUCUUAGGCGCCUGCCGGCGGCUCCACACAGCCCCGCGGGGAGAGAGGGAGACAGCAGAGGCGGCCGCUGUCAGCACCAGCAUGUCUUAUAGCGUGACCCUGACCGGGCCUGGACCCUGGGGCUUCCGGCUCCAGGGGGGCAAGGACUUCAAUAUGCCCCUCACCAUCUCUCGGAUCACCCCUGGCAGCAAGGCGGCCCAGUCCCAGCUCAGCCAAGGUGACCUGGUGGUGGCCAUCGAUGGCGUCAGCACAGACACCAUGACCCACCUGGAGGCCCAGAAUAAGAUCAAGUCCGCCAGCUACAACCUGAGCCUCACCCUGCAGAAGUCCAAGCGCCCCAUAACUGUCUCUACAGCAGCACCUCCAGUCCAGUCCCCGCUGCCGGUGAUCCCCCACCAGAAGGAGCCCGCUCUGGACACCAACGGCAGCCUGGUGGCACCCAGCCUCAGCCCCAAGACAAGGGCCGGCCCAGGCACCCUGGGUACCCUGGAGCUCAGGGGUGCCCUUAGCUCCUCCUUCUCCCAGACCUCUGUCUGCUCCACACACAUGGAGGCCUUGGACCCCGGCCCUCCGCGGGCCACCCCGGAGGGGACAAGGAACCCACGGGGCCCGGGACUCCCGGGGACCCCGGGCCAGCCAAGGCAGUAUAACACCCCCAUUGGCCUGUACUCGGCAGAGAGCCUGCGGGAGAUGGCUCAGAGCUACCGGCUGAGCCUCCGAGGGCAGCCCUCGGGAGCUGGACUCCCAGGAGGGAGCCUCCCCGUGAAGGACCUGGCGGUGGACAGCGCCUCGCCCGUGUACCAGGCCGUGAUCAAGAACCAGAGCAAGCCCGAGGACGAGGCUGAUGAGUGGGCCCGCCGCUCCUCCAACCUGCAGUCUCGGUCCUUCCGCAUCCUGGCCCAGAUGACGGGGACAGAAUACAUGCAAGACCCUGACGAAGAGGCCCUGCGGAGGUCAAGCACCCCCAUUGAGCAUGCUCCAGUGUGCACCAGCCAGGCCGCCUCCCCGCUGCUGCCCGCUUCUGCCCAGCCGCCUACUGCCGCCUCUGCCGGCACGGCCUCGCCACCCCUGGCCACCGCUGCUGCCAGAGCUGCCACCGCCUCCGCCACAGCCCCCGGCUUGAGCCCCGAGGAUGGCCCCAGGCCCCAGGCCUCGGCCUACAGCUCCAAAGCCACCACCUCUCCGGCCCCGGCCCCCCACACCGGCUACAGCGAGGGUCCGGCAGCCCCUGUGCCCAAGCCCCGCGUGGUCACCACUGCGAGCAUCCGGCCCUCUGUCUACCAGCCAGUGCCUGUGGCUACCUACAGCCCUUCCCCAGGGGCCAAUUACAGUCCAGCUCCCUACACCCCCUCCCCCGCCCCCACCUACACCCCCUCCCCCGCCCCCACCUACACCCCCUCCCCCGCCCCCACCUACACCCCCUCCCCCGCUCCUACCUACAACCUGGCACCCUCACCAGCCUACAGCGGGGGCCCAGCGGAGUCUGCCAGCCGCCCCCCGUGGGUGACAGAUGACAGCUUUUCUCAGAAGUUCGCCCCCAGCAAGAGCACCACGUCCAUCAGCAAGCAGACCCUGCCCCGGGGAGCCCCAGGCUAUGGCCCUGCUGCUCCCCCGACCCCAGCCCGGGGCACCGUGCAGAGAGCUGAGCGCUUCCCGGCCAGCAGUCGGACGCCGCUGUGUGGCCACUGCAACAGUGUCAUCCGGGGCCCUUUCCUGGUGGCCAUGGGCCGCUCCUGGCACCCGGAGGAGUUCAACUGUGCCUACUGCAAGACCUCGCUGGCGGACGUGUGCUUCGUGGAGGAGCAGAACAACGUGUACUGCGAGCGGUGCUACGAGCAAUUCUUCGCCCCGAUGUGUGCCAAGUGCCACGCCAAGAUCAUGGGGGAAGUGAUGCACGCCCUGAGACAGACCUGGCACACCACCUGCUUCGUGUGUGCGGCCUGCAAGAAGCCUUUCGGGAACAGCCUGUUCCACAUGGAGGACGGCGAGCCCUACUGCGAGAAAGACUACGUCAACCUGUUCAGCACCAAGUGUCAUGGCUGUGACUUCCCCGUGGAGGCAGGUGACAAGUUCAUCGAAGCCCUGGGGCACACCUGGCACGAUACCUGCUUCAUCUGCGCGGUCUGCCACGUGAACCUGGAAGGACAGCCUUUCUACUCCAAGAAGGACAAGCCCUUGUGCAAGAAGCAUGCGCACGCCAUCAACGUGUAGGCCCAAGCAUGGGCACGGGCGCGGCCCGGCUGCUCUGCUGUUGGAAACCUGGGGGUCGAAGAGACGAUGUUUCUUUUGGGGGGCAGGGAGUGAGCAGGCCCUGUUGGGUAUCACUUUAGCCCCCCUCUGUCCAAAGGCCACGUGUUUGCCCAGCUCAGACUAGAAGCCCAAUGCAGCUUUAAAUCCUGCGCAGCUCUCCCAGGCCCGGACCUGCACUUGUGUCUCUGGGGGCAGGACUGUGGGGAGCCCCAGUGGAGCAGCCUCCUGGGGCUGUGCUGCCCUUGUCCCCAGGGCAGGGACCGAGCCGGAGGGCACAGCGCCCCGCUGCUGCGCCUUGCAACACUCAGGGCUCCUGGAGCAGACAAAAUUCAGUGCCAGCAGCGCAGCCUGCUGCGGGGUAUUUUUAGAGCCACAGCUGAGCGCACGCUGCUGAGCCCCAGCAGGCUUUCCUCACCAAAAAAGGAAGCGGUAUUACGCUCCCAGAGUCCUGCAGCCACCUCUGCUCCAGGACUGCAGGAACAGCCUCAGCUGUCCAGGGGCCAGGCGUCUGUCCCCAAGCUGCUCCCUGCCAAGGCCCCGCUGCACCCCUCUCUCACUUGGAAACUCCCGGGGUUCCCGGAAGGCUGCUUUGCCCCUCUGUGACUGGGUGACAUCUGGCCUUUGUUUUGCUUUCAGAGCAUGAGUCCCGCAUGUGUCACCCCCAAGCCCUCUGAUCACUUUUGCAUCCGCCUCUCCCCUCCCCCUGCAAGAGAAGAGGGACAGAGCCUGGCACAGGAGGGCAGAGCAGGCCAACUCUCCCAGCCCUCACCCCUGCCAGCCCGCAGCGGCUGCUGGGACCUCUCCUCCACGCCCGCCUGUCCUUGCCAGAGCCCUUCGGGUGCUGUUCACCCGCCUUGCACACCCGUGUUCCCUGCUGGGGGGAAGAGUGGGGAUGCUUUGGCUGUUUGGGCCAAGAUGGUUGGAGACGUACAAGCUGACUUGCCCCAGCAGCUCUUCCCUAGGUGCUGAAAUAGACCUGAGCCUGUGGCCUGCUCACCACGUAGGUGACAGUUGGGUUAGGGAAGCACAGUAGGGCUGUUCAGGAACAAGAGAGAAGCCUUGUUUCCAAGGCUGGGGACAACACAGCCACUUUCCUUUAUGGGAAGCACUGCUAUGAAAAUGUCAUUGCGGGCUAGGUGUGGUGAUGCACAUCUGUCAUCCCCAGACUGGGGAGGCUGAGGCAGGAGGAGUGCCGUAAGUUCAAGGCUAGGCUGGGCUGCGUAGUGAGUUCAAGGCCAGCCGGAACUACACGGUGAGAUCCUGUCUGGAAAGAAAGAAAGAAAGAAGAAAUGGGGUUAGGGCUGGGGCUGCGACUCCACGACUCCACGCUCCAGCAUUUGCUUCUCACCCCCGAGACACAGGGACUGCAGAUGACCAAGGGGAGGAAAGCAGCCCCACAGCAGGCAGCCGUAGAGAGCUGCUCACCAAGAGGGUCCCGGCGCCCCUCCAGCUCCCUGAUCCUGCUUUGGAUUCCUCCCUGCACCCUGGGAACGAUUUCUAGGAAUGCAUCCGAUUGCUUCCUGCUGAGGGCUCCCAGGCCACCCUACCUAGUGCCUCCCCGCUCUCCGAGGGACGAGGAGCCAGCUGGCCACCGUCCCCAGCCAGCAGCCCGGUUUCUGUUGUUUUUGGAAACACACAGGCCUGAGGAGCCUGCUGCCGUCACAGAAAGGCUCCCCACGGGCGUUUUCCAAAAACGAUCUGUGCGGGAUCAGGGCCUGGUCUCGAGGGAAAAAGCAGGGCCCUCAAGUUAAGUUUCCAGAAUCUCUUUUUGAAGGUUUUAAUGUGUUUGCACACACGUGUGAUAUUAAAUAGUGUAUUUAUGACCCUAAGGAGAAAAAGGAAAUAGUUUAAAGGAAAGCUUCACUAGUAGCCAGGCAGAGUGGCCCAGGCCUGUCAUCCCAGCUCUCCGGAGGCUGAGGCAGGAAGAUCACUGUGAGUUUGAGGACAGCCUGGAAAACAUAUGAGACCUUUGUUUCACAAAAAGGAAAGUUUCACUGUAAUCCUCUGCUGAACGAGUUUUUUCACCUCCCAGAGCUUGAGUAGACACAGAGAGACUCUCAUUUACGCCCAACAAACAUUUUAGGGGCUUGGGGUUCAGCCCAGCAGUAGAGCGCUUUGCUAGCGUGUGCAUGGCCUAGGUUGGAGCCUCACCCCGGCCUAAGAAAGACAAAAACAGCAAUAAAAUCAGUUGCAAAGGAGCAGAAAACAGAGCGGAUUUCAAGGCGGACCCCUGGUUCCUGUGUGCCCGGUGCAGUGUCGGGAUCAAGGCCGGGUGGGGUCCUGCGACCCCGGCUUUAGUGGUUCACGGCGGGGGCACACUUGGGGUCUGUGUCUCCUUGCUGGCAGGAACGUGGACGAGCGAGACCGAUUGCCGCUGAGCGACUGCUGUCUGCGGUGUCCGUGUUCGGAAGCCAGCUUUUCUUAGGGUGAUCCCUUUCCGCCCCCCGCGUGCCUGCCUUGGCAUUUUUGGGGGGCUGAGAUUUCAGAAGUGGAAUGUAGCGUGUUCGAGGUCUGCACAGAGCUGGUUUGCAUGUUUCCCUCCUUUGGCCCGUGUGAAUUCUACUUUUUAGUAAAAUAAAUCUCAGAAAGGAUGUGGACAUA